UCGAAUCGAAUGUCAAAAGUCAAGAAAUAGCAUGUCAAAGUCAAAUCAAAACACAAAUGCGCUGUUUUCGUAUUUACUUUCGAUAAUUACUUAAAGAAAUACAGUAUGGGGCCUCCUAAGAGACCGGGGUCGAAAACAGAAAGCAAAUCUAAAAAACGCAAGAAGGACGAGGAAGAAUGGGCUUACGAAGAGGAGGAUACCUCGACAGAUACGGAUACUUCUGCUGUGCCGGGAGCCGCCGGUCGCAAUGCGGAAAACAUUGAUCAAGGGGUGCAAGAAGACGAGUUCGGUUCUAAGGACUAUCGCACACAAAUGCUUUUAAAACCCGACCACCAGUCACGUCCGCUUUGGGUCGCGCCUAACGGUCACAUCUUUCUCGAGUCAUUCUCUCCCGUUUACAAACACGCGCACGACUUCCUAAUCGCGAUAUCUGAACCGGUAUGUCGGCCGGAAUUCAUACACGAAUAUAAGCUGACGGCUUACUCGCUGUAUGCUGCCGUAAGUGUGGGGCUACAGACUCACGAUAUAAUUGAGUAUUUAAAACGAUUGAGCAAAACCAGCGUACCGGAGGGCAUACUCGAGUUUAUCAAGUUAUGCACGCUCUCUUAUGGUAAAGUGAAACUUGUGUUGAAGCACAACAAGUAUUUUGUCGAGAGUAUCUAUCCAGACGUACUGCAGAAGCUAUUGAAAGAUCCGGUGCUGCAGGAAUGUCGACUAAGGCAUAGUGUCGAGGAGGAAGGGGAAGAAGAGUUUAUUACGCAAGUUCAGGAUAAGCCAACCGGUCCCACGUUUGCGGGGAAAGCUGGCACAUCAAGUGAGUCCCCUGCAGAGGGUGCUGCCGCCGCUGCUGAUGUGCCGGAUGAUAUAACUAACUUCUAUGACAAGAUGGAUAAUGAGGAGGAGGAUGAAGACGAGGUGAAUUUGAAAACUGUGUCGUUCGAAGUGAACCAGGAAAAAAUUGAGGUGCUGCAAAAGCGGUGCAUCGAGUUGGAGUAUCCGCUAUUGGCGGAGUAUGACUUUAGGAAUGAUAGCGUCAAUCCAGACAUCAAUAUUGAUCUGAAGCCAUCUGCGGUUCUCAGACCGUAUCAGGAGAAAAGCCUGAGAAAAAUGUUUGGAAAUGGACGGGCGCGAUCUGGUGUGAUUGUGUUACCGUGUGGUGCUGGUAAAUCGCUUGUGGGGGUCACGGCGUGCUGCACGGUACGUAAACGUGCUUUGGUGUUGUGUAAUUCAGGCGUAUCCGUGGAGCAGUGGAAGCAGCAGUUUAAAAUGUGGUCGACCGCCGACGAUAGCAUGAUCUGUAGAUUCACCUCUGAGGCAAAGGACAAGCCAAUGGGUUGUGGAAUCUUGGUUACAACGUACUCCAUGAUAACCCAUACCCAGCGGCGGUCUUGGGAGGCCGAGCAGACGAUGAAGUGGUUGCAAGAGCAGGAAUGGGGCAUCAUGGUACUUGACGAGGUGCACACGAUCCCUGCGAAAAUGUUCAGACGGGUUUUAACCAUUGUGCAAUCCCAUUGUAAAUUGGGUCUAACUGCAACCCUUCUUAGAGAGGAUGACAAAAUUGCGGACCUCAACUUUCUAAUUGGUCCCAAACUGUAUGAGGCCAAUUGGUUGGAACUACAAAAGCGUGGGUUUAUUGCCCGUGUACAGUGUGCCGAGGUGUGGUGUCCCAUGGUACCAGAAUUUUAUCGCGAAUAUCUCAUAUGCAAAACCAGCAAACGUCUCCUACUCUACGUAAUGAACCCGAACAAAUUCCGUGCCUGUCAGUAUUUAAUCCGCUACCAUGAACGACGCGGUGACAAAACCAUUGUAUUCUCAGAUAAUGUUUUCGCUUUAAAACAUUACGCGAUUAAAAUGAACAAACCGUACAUUUACGGACCUACCACUCAAAGUGAACGAAUCCAAAUCUUACAAAACUUCAAAUUCAACCCCAAAGUUAACACAAUAUUUGUAAGUAAAGUCGCAGAUACCUCCUUCGAUUUGCCCGAAGCCAAUGUGCUGAUACAAAUUUCGUCGCAUGGCGGUUCCAGAAGACAAGAGGCACAGCGUUUGGGCCGUAUUCUGAGAGCAAAAAAGGGAGCCAUCGCCGAGGAGUACAAUGCGUUCUUCUACACUCUUGUAUCGCAAGACACAAUGGAAAUGAAUUAUUCGAGAAAAAGGCAGCGGUUUUUAAUUGAUCAGGGCUACAGUUACAAAGUUAUAACCAAACUGGCUGGUAUGGACGACGAGCCUGACUUACUGUACAAAAACAGGGAGGACCAAGGGCAGCUUUUGCAACAGGUGCUAGCGGCUAGUGAUAUUGAUUGUGAAGAUGAAAGGAUUCCAGGUGAGGGAGGUCCAAGAGGUGGUCCUGGCGGUACAAGACGUGUGGGACACAUGGGUUCGAUGUCGGGGGCGGAUGAUGCGGUUUAUUAUGAAUUUAAGAAAUCGUCAUCUUCUACUGCUAACAAACAUCCAUUGUUUAAGAAAUUUAGAGGUUGAAUUGUUGGUUAGUUAACCUCAAAA